AGCGUUUACAACAUUUUCAACGACUCUGUUUCCGGAGCUUUGUCUUAAAACAGAGGCGCUCUCAGCGCCCAUUCUUCCAGGCCAGAUCUCUUGACUUUUCUCCAACAAAGAUAGAAUUUUUGCAGAAACCAGAUUGAGCUGAACUGAAUUGAACUGAGGGGAUAAAAAGGGUCAGCGGAGAUGUCGGGCGGCGCGCCGGGUGACCUUGUGGCGCGGGCAUUUGAGUCGAUGCUCAAAGAAUGUUCUAACAAGAAAUACAAUGCUCUUCAAUCCGCCAUUCAGACGUAUUUGGACAGUGGAAAGGAUUUCAAUCAACAGUCAAAUAUUGGUGAGACUAAGCAAGAUUCAUCGGCAGCUCCAAAGCAAAGUGGUUCAUUUGAAUCUGACUCUGGAGUUGAUAAAAAUGAGGGAGCUGAAUCGGCUGCUAAGGAUGUCGAACCUACAAGCAGCAGUGGAUCAACCACGGCAGUGUCAGAAGUUGCUGGUCAUAUGCAAGGACAAGCAGAUGCUGAUCUUGUGCUGGAUCCCCUUAAGCUUGCAUUUGAAACGAAGAAUACUAAAUUGGUGGAACUUGCAUUGGAUUGCUUUCAUAAACUGGUUGUGUACAAUCAUCUAGAAGGUGAUCCUGGUCUUGACGGCGAUAAUAAUUCAAAAUUAUUGACAGACAUCCUCAACAUGGUGUGUGGCUGUGUAGAUAAUUCGACACCUGACAGUGUCACUCUUCAAGUAAUGAAAGUGCUUCUUACUGCUAUAGCAUCCACGAAGGUUCGAGUCCAUGGUGGGCCAUUGCUGGGAGUCAUCAAAGUUUGCUUUAACAUUGCUAUUACUAGCAAGAGUCCUAUAAACCAAGCAACGGCAAGGGCAUCACUGACACAAAUGGUCAGCAUCGUUUUUAGACAAAUGGAAAAUGAUGUGGUAUCUUCGGAAUCUCCUAAAACCGAAGAUGCUCAAAUGGAGGACGGGUCAAACUCAAAGGUUUCAGAAGUGUCGCUCAGUGAUCACGAUGAUCCAAAAAUGACUUCAAAUGACAUUAUAUCUGUGAAACGUCUAGAUAGUACAUUCAUUGCGUCUGGUGAAGGAAUUCAGAAUCUUGUAGGUGGCACUGACAUAAAGGCUCUCGAAGCUGUCCUUCAGAAGGUUGUGGAUCUUGAAGAUGGUAGUAAACUUGAAAGAGGAACGGGUGAAAAGAGCACGAGUGUUGCACAACGUGAUGCUUUACUUCUUUUUCGUACUCUCUGUAAGAUGGCUAUGAAGGAGGGUAAUGAUGAAGUUACUACCAAAAAUCGUAUUCUCUCUCUUGAGCUUUUACAGGGUAUAUUGGGUGAUUGCGGUAUCUCAUUCACAAAGAAUUCUCAGCUUAUUGACUCAUUAAGAGGUCACCUUUCAUUUGCAUUAUUGCGGGCAUCGGCUUCCCAGUCUCCUGUCUUAUUUCAGCAUGCAGCGGGGAUUUUCUCAGUUGUUUUGUUGCGAUUUAGGGAAAGUCUCAAGGCUGAAAUUGGAGUUUUCUUUCCCAUAAUUGUUCUAAAAGCUUUGGAUGGAUCAGAUCUUAACCAAAAGCUAGUUGUACUCCGGGCAUUGGAGAAAAUCUGCAAGGAUCCUCAGAUGCUUGUUGACCUCUAUGUAAAUUACGAUUGUGAUAAUGAAGCACCAAACCUGUUUGAAAAGAUGGUUGCCAAUUUAUCCAAAAUUGCUCAAGGUACUCAAAAUGUGGAUCCAAAGUCUUCUACUGCAACCCAGACAGUAUCGAUUAAAACAUCAUCUCUUCAGGGUCUUGUGAAUAUUCUCAAGUCACUAGUAAUUUGGGAGAAGGGGCACAGAAAAUCCGAUAAUCAGAAUGAGGACAACAGAUCAUCUGAAGUUUCGGCUAGAGGAUUGGAUGGAUCAAAAGUUACAGGAGAAUCACCGAGCAAUUUCGAGGAGUUGAAGGUUUACAAGUCCACCGUGGAAGCUUCUGUCUCUGAGUUCAAUGAGCAACCAGCGAAGGGCAUAGAGCACUUAAUAUCCAGUCAGGUAGUGGAGAAGAAUCCAGCUUCAGUUGCCCAGUUUCUUCGACAUACUCCUGAUUUAGACAAGGCUAUGAUUGGGGACUACUUAGGCCAGCAUGAGGAAUUCCCCAACUCUGUUUUGCAUGCUUACGUGGAAUCUAUCAACUUUUCCGGAAUGAAACUUGAUAUUGCAAUACAUGAAUUCCUCAAAGGGUUUGAACUUCCAGGUGAAGCUCAGAUGAUUGAUCGCAUAAUGGAGACAUUUGCAGAGCGCUACUGUGCCGACAAUCCUGGUCUAUUCAAGACAGCAGACACAGCAUAUGUGCUUUCUUAUGCAAUUAUUAUGCUUCAGGCUGAUGCUCACUAUUUAACGGGGUGGCCGAAACUGUCCAAAAGCGAUUUUAUACACAUGAAUACCAGUAGUGCUGAAGAAUCUGCUCCCCAAAAACUCUUGGAGGAGAUCUAUGAUAACAUUGUUAAAGAAGAACUAAUAAUGAAAGAUGAUUCAGUGGAUUGUUUGAAAAAUAGUAAGCAUAAAUUAGAACUGAACGGGAGACGCGGCCUUCUCAGUGUUCUCAAUCUGGCCUUUCCUAGAAGAAGCUCUUCAACCGACUCCAAGUCUGAUAAGGAGGCUAUUCUUAAUCAGAUACAGACUGUGAUUAAGGACCAAGGUGAAAAAAAGGGGGUCUUUUACACUUCUCACAGGAUUGAGAUUUUACGACCAAUGGUUGAAGUUGUAGGGUGGCCAUUACUAGCUACUUUUUCUGUCGCCAUGGGCGAACCAGACAGCUCAAUGAGGAUUAGCAUUUGUAUGGAAGGGUUCAAGGAAGGAAUACUUUUAACAUACGUCCUUGGAAUGAACACCAUCCGCUAUGCAUUUUUGACAUCGUUACUGAGGUAUAAUUUCUUACAUGCGCCUAGAGAUAUGCGUGGAAAAAAUGUAGAAGCUCUACGGACCCUUCUUGAUUUGUGUGAUACCGAUAUGUAUGCCCUUCAAGACUCUUGGUUAGCCAUUCUCGAAUGUAUUUCACGUCUUGAAUAUGUCGUUUCAUGGCCUGCUAUGACUGCAACUAUCGUGCAAGGAGCAAAUCAAAACUCUAGAGAUGCUAUAAUUCAAUCUCUGAGAGAACUCUCGGGAAAAGCAGCUGAACAAGUCUUCUCGAAUAGUGUCAAAUUGCCCAGUGAAUCAGUGAUUGAGUUUUUUACCGCAUUGUGUAAUGUAUCAGCCGAGGAAUUAAAACAGUCACCAGCUCGUACUUUUAGCUUGCAGAAGAUUGUUGGAAUUAGCUAUUCCAAUAUGGCUCGCAUACACAUGGUUUGGGCUAGAAUAUGGUCGGUCUUGGCACAACAUUUCAUCUUUGCUGGGAGUCAUGCUGAUGAAAAAGUUGCAAUAUAUGCAAUUGAUUCUCUACAACGACUCGGGAUGAAAUAUUUGGAGCAUCCUGAGCUUUCACACUUUACUUUCCAGAAAGGAAUUCUAAAACCAUUCGUCGUGCUCAUGCAAAGCAGCAGAAGUGAAUCCAUAAGAAGGCUUAUAUUAGGUGGCAUUGUUCAAAUUAUAAGAUCUAAAGCUGGAAUUAUAAAGUCUGGAUGGCAUAGCAUUUUCAUGAUUUUCACUAUGGCUGCCGAUGAUGGCCUGGAACCCAUAGUUGAAAGUGCAUUCGAGAACGUUGAACAAGUCAUAUUGGAGCACUUCAAUCAGGUUUUUGUUGACUGCUUCAUGGAUUGUGUGAACUGCCUGAUUGCAUUUUCCAAAAAUAAGAGCUCCGUCGACAUUAGCUUGAAGGCUAUUGCUCUCCUCCGAAUAUCUGAGAAUCGUCUUUCAGAGGGCCUUAUACCAGCCGGUUCUCGGAGAUCCGUAGAUAACACAGUCGAUGAAACUUGCAAAUUGGCCGAGCAUUAUUGGUUCCCCAUGCUGUCCGGUCUUUCUAGACUUAUAUCUGAUCCAAGAUCAGAGGUCAGUAAUUGUGCACUCGAGGUUUUAUUCGAUUUGCUGAACGAGAGAGGAAGCAAAUUCUCAUCGGCAUUUUGGGAGAGUAUUUUCCAAGAAAUCCUGUUCCCCAUUUUUGACCAUGUGAGACAUGCUGGAAAAGAGAAUUUCAUAUCUUCGGAGGAAGAGUGGCUUCGUGAAAGCACUAUUCAUGCUCUCCAGUUGCUGUGCGACCUUUUCAAUAGUUUUUACAAGGAUGUGUGUUUUAUGCUGCCCCCGCUGCUCAGUUUACUCUUAGAUUGUGCAAAAAAGACUGAUCAAUCUGUGGUGUCGAUAGCUUUGGGUGCAUUGGUUCAUCUGAUUGAAGUUGGAGGUCACCAGUUCACCUCCGACGACUGGGUUACUUUGUUGAAAAGUUUGAAAGAUGCUGUAUAUACAACCCAACCACGUGAACUUCUCAACGAUCCGAGCUUCAAGAAUGGGAAGCAUCGCAAAGUGUUAUCAGGAGACUUGGACGGCGGCACACCAGUGUCCCGAGACAUAUUUCAUAACAAUCAUGAUGCGAUUCAUACAAAUGGGAGUGCCGUGGGAACACCAUCCUUCAACGCACCGGAACAAAAUCAAGAAACAAUGCGCGCAGUGGAUAUGGAGGGAUCUCAAGGCAUGCCAUCGCCAUCUGCUAGAGCUACGGAAUCUGAUGGUGGAAGCAUUCAGCGGAGUCAAACAUUUGGACAAAAAAUUAUGGGGAAUAUGUUUAUGAGAAGUUUUACAUCCAAACCAAAGAACUUUACAUCUGAUGCAGCGGUGGCGUCUUCUCCAUCCAAGUUUCCUGAUGCAAAUAAGGAAGUUAAUGCGAAAGAUGCAGAGGAAAGUCUGAUGUUGGGAAGCAUUAGGAGUAAAUGCGUGACACAGCUGUUACUUCUAGGUUCGAUUGAUGGCAUUCAGAAGAAUUACUGGAACAAGUUGAGCGCAGAUGCGAAGAUCACGAUGAUGGAGAUCUUGUUCUCGAUCCUAGAGUUUGCCGCCACCUACAACUCAUAUACCAACCUCAGAUCGCGAAUGCAGCAAAUUCCUACGGAAAGGCCUCCAUUGAAUCUCCUCCGCCAGGAGUUGACUGCAACUUGCAUCUAUCUCGACAUCCUGCAAAAGACAACGGCACCAGUUGAAGCUCAAGACGACGAAGCAGCCAGAGAAGAGAAACCCGAAGGAAUAGCUGAAGAGAAGCUGGUCUCCUUCUGCGAACAUGUGCUGAGAGAAGCAUCUGAUUUUCAAUCUAGUAUGGAAGAGACGGCAAAUAUGGAGAUCCAUCGAGUUCUUGAACUCCGUGCUCCUAUAAUCGUGAAGGUAGUGAAAGGUAUGUGCCAGAUGAAUCCCCAGAUUUUCAAGGAUCACCUUAGAGAUUUUUAUCCUUACAUUACGAAACUCAUCUGCUCUGAACAGAUGGACGUUCGCAGUGCGCUUGCAGAUCUUUUUAGCACGCAGCUCAGCACGAUGUUGCCGGUUGGAGAGUAAUAUAUUGUAAAUGCAAAGACGUUGGGGUCGUUUUACUUAUCUCACUGUAAAUUUUUAUUUUUACCUUUUUUCUUUGUAGAAAUGACUUCAUUUGGCACCUGUUGAGGCCAUCCAUAUCUAUAGUAGAAUUUACUAGAUUGUUAGAACUCUGGCAUUAUUUCAAGCAGUCAUGGAGGCUUGGAAAAAAUGGAUUUUUGAAGAAUAGGAUAUGUGAUUAUUUCCAGCACAUUUAUAUAUUGCAUUUUUGGAGACA